AUGUUUCGUUGGCGCAAUGAUGUCGUCAUCAGCUACAGUCCGCCAAAGAUGACAACGGUCAGUUCGAUGACCAGUUCAGCUGUCGCCCUCAGUGCAUAUUUAAUGAGUCCAGCUUGUCAUGCUAACGAUGCUACCGGUGGUGUUGGCGAAGCGCAGCUGAAGUACGGUCGCCGAGUCAGUUUGGUGUGGAGUGUCUUAAUAAACGAGUAA